AUCCCAGCUUGGACCUGUUGCGGGACAACCCUUGCCUGACAGAGUUCAUCACCUCCGUGCUGGCACUGCCAGAGCCCAGCCCAAACAUCCUCUCCUUCACUCUGCAGUUAGCUGGGAUACUUGCCUCUUCUAAAAACCGUUUUCAGCACUUGCAGCAGGAGAAGCUGUUGGUCAGGCUCUUUGGCAGGGAUGGGCCCCUGAGCAGCGCCCUGUGGGAAGAUGCGUCUGUGCGACGUGGCUGGGUGAAGGGCAUGCACAACAUGAUGAAACACCAGCCUGCCCUCCACUUCCUCUGCAGUGGUGGAGGCAUGGAUGUGAUCUUCAUUCUGCAAGGGGAUCCCAGCCUGUUCGUGGCUUCAGCUGCCAUUGAACUUCUGGCGGAUGUUCUCGCCCUCUCUGUACGGUCUGAAAUGACUAAACCUCUCAGUACAAAGGACUGUGAAUGGCCAGCCUGUGCUCAAAUGAUUCUAAAGCAUGUUGAAGAUUCCCUUCAGUCCACCUCUGCCUCUCGCAUCGAGCAGUCAUUAAAACUGUUAACUACGAUUUUUCGCGGUUAUCACACUAAGUGGACUGAAGUACUUCGGUUAGGGAUAGCAAAUCAGAUCGAAUCCCUUUUGACGAAAGAGACUGUUGAAGCACGGCACCUGCUGGCAAAUCUUCUGUGUGAAAUGGCAUGGUCCCCUGUGUUUGGUGGCACUGAAGGCAGUAUUGGGGCAUUAGUGACUUUUGCUCUGGAACACUUAACUCCGUUACAAGUCGGUCCUUUGGCAGUGAAAAUUCUGAUGAUCUGCGAAUGCCCCCAAGAAGUGAGGAUUCAGGCACUGACUGUUCUACUUCAGCCAAUGGACUGUAUUUUGAGAGCAGCCUCCCAGCCCCUGGAAUACACAGGUUUGCUGGAUGAGUCUGUUAGUGAUCCCACCACUGUUGAACGUCUUCUGUCCUCCAAGUCAUCUUGUGUUAGUCUCCUGUGUCAGAACCUCGAUGAUUUGCAGAGCCUGCUGUCUGAGACUGACCGGAGAGUGGAUUUACCCUAUACAGCUCUGCUGCGCUCCCUCGUAACAAUAUUACAAUUCUGUAAUGGCUUACUGAGUCCAGCUUCUCCUCUGGGAAGCACGAUAAGCCAAAUCCUGAUCAAUUGCGUCAGAGUACAGCGUUCAGCUCUUGAUGUGCUAGCAGCACUCUUGGAGCAAAAAGACUGUGACACACUCAUAGCAGGUCUAUUUGAUGUCCUUCUGGCAUACCUUGAGAGUCCGAACACCAGCCCUACUGUUCUAAAGAAAACAUUUAAAGCUACAUCUGAGGCCUUGGUGCGCUUGCAAGCCCUGUCCUGCUCCAACAGUCAGCAUCAACAAAAUGAGAAGAUUUUGGAAGGAAUCUUUCUGGUGCUGCAGAAGCGUUUGUGCAGUCCCUGCUGGGAAGUACGAGAUUCUUCUCUGGAGUUCCUCACUGUCCUGGUUAGAUGCUUGAAAGAGGAGUUCAGGCAGAGUCUGCUGUCUUCAGAGGUGCUGAAGCUUACAGAAAAUCUUCUCGAGGAUCCAGACAGCUACGUGCGAGCAAGUGCUGUGAAUACUGUGGGAUACUUGGCCUUCAUUACUUUCUUAGAUCCAGAGUCACCUGCUGCAGGGAAUCAGUACAAUAAAGAGAACACUAUAGCAAAGCUUCAAGAAAUCUUGUCAACAGACCCAGAGGGCUUUCCUAGGAGGGCUGUGAUCAGCAUCUUCACUGAGUGGCUGAGACAAGGCUGCACAGGUCAGCUCGAAGAUGCAGUACAAUUUGUUUCUACUGUGAUCCAAACUGUGGAGCAUGAUUUCGACUGGGAAGUCAGACUUGGUGGUUUGGAACUGGUUCAAGCUUUCUAUAGUCAUAUGCGUCGCCACCUUGGCCCUCCUGAAUGCCCAGAGCCUGCAGUCAUUUAUUCUGUUCAGCAGAAUGAGCUGCUGCAGAUACUUUGUCAAGCAAAAGUGUUCAAAUUUUUGUUUCGGUCUUUGUGUGACUGUGACAAACCACUAGCUCAGAGAGCCUGUGAAAUACUGCUGCACCUACAACGCACUUUCUACCCAAUUUGCACCCUGAAGGAAGCAAAAGGGCCUGAAGGUAUACCUGCAGGAUACAACAUUGCCUGGUUACAGAGGACACUAAUGCAGGGUUCUCUGGCCCAGAACGCCCUCAUAGAUGGUGCUGAAGGGGUGCGUUUUCAAGAUCCAGAGAGCAUGAUGGUAGUUUUGGGUACAAUAGACUUAACAGAGCUGUGUGAUGAGCUACGUAAAUGUAGUGACCAUGUGGAGAAAAGCCCUCGGUCCCUCUUAGAGGACAUCCUUGCUACCGCAGGGACUAUAGAGGAUAAUGAAGCUGACUGUUACUGA